GCUUUGUUAGACACCUAUCUGUUCGCAGCUGCUGCCGGUCCACGGCUCCGUGAGUUAGCCGAACAUGUCUGCGGAGGAGGCGGACAAAACAACCACCACUGAUGCCAGCGCCGGAGACGAGGAGGAGGAAUGGCUGUAUGGAGAUGAGUCUGAGAGCAAAGACGAGGAUGAAGAAGCCAAACUGAACGCAGCAGUCAGUGCACCUGCUGAUGCUUCCACAGAGGAUGCUGCUGCACACGCAACAGGAAAUGGAGUGGCCUCUGAGGCCACAGGUGAAGGAGCAGCUGAGGACGUGGACAGUGAUAGUGACAGCGAUGAUGACGACGAUGACGUCCGAGUCACCAUUGGAGACAUUAAAACCGGAGCACCACAAUACACAACUUAUGGAGCUGCUCCUGUAAAUCUCAACAUAAAGACAACAGGCUCCCGACCUUAUGGACAAGUGACUUCAAAGAUGAAGGGAGUGGAUCUUGAUGCUCCUGGAAGCAUCAAUGGGGUUGCAGUGGUGGAGGCGGACAUGGAGUCAUUUGAAGAGAAACCCUGGAGGAAGCCAGGAGCGGAUCUGUCCGACUACUUUAACUAUGGCUUCAAUGAAGAAACGUGGAAGGCGUACUGUGAAAAACAGAAGAGGCUGCGUAUGGGUCUGGAGGUCUCUACAGUCAGUUCAGGGACGAGCAAGAUCACAGUUCAGCAAGGCAGGACAGGCAACGACAAAGACAUAUCCAUUUUGCCUGUUCAUACCUCGAAGCCAGACUUCACGUCUCCCAUCAACCUGUACAAGACUGCCAUCAGUCAGGUCACCAGGAUCUCUCCCCCUCAGUGGGCCGGCCCGCCUGUUCCGGACAUGUCCUAUUAUGCGAAGAGUGGUAUCAUAGAUGUGAUUGGUGGACAGACGGCCACCAUCAGCAGGGUGGAAGGUCGACGCAGACACAACCUGGAGGGCAACAAUAUCACGGUGAUCUCUGAACACACCACGUCAGAUGCUGAGCCCACUCCAGCUAAGAUUCCCACCUUCUUCCCUCCAGGACCUCUUCCUCCGAACAUACCCCCACCUCCAUUUCUCCCUCCGCCACCAAAUGUCAGCACUGCACCCCCACUCAUCCCCCCACCCAGGUUGCCCAUUACUGUCCCUCCCCCUGGUUUUCCUCCUCCACCUAGUGGGCCCCCACCUGCAAUCAUCCCCAAUAUGGACAGUGGCCACCCUGGAGGUUAUGAUGGACGCCCUGUUCCUCCUUAUCCGUUCCCUCAAGGUGCUUACCCUCCACCUAUGACUGGAGGUGCGCCUCCUCCAUGGCCCCCAAUGAUGGACAACUCGAAACCCUGGGAUUAUUAUCCCCGCCGAGAAGAAAAGAGAGAGAAGGACAGAGAGAGGCCCAGGGAGAGGACGCAUGAGCGGGAAAGAGAAAGGGAGCACAGUCCUUCAGCUAUGAGCUACACUAGCGACGAGGAGCGUUAUCGUUACCGCGAGUACCAGGAGCGUGGUUACGUAGAGCGCCAUCGUGAACGGACGAGUCGAGAGAAAGAGGAAAGACACAGAGAGAGGCGGCACCGAGAGAAAGAGGAGGGACGCCACAAGUCCUCUCGCAGCAGCAGCAGCAGGAGGAGACACGACAGCGAGGAGGGCGACAGCCACCGGAGGCACAAACACAAGAAGAGCAAGAGAAGCAAGGAGGGCAAAGAGGCCGGCGAGGAGAUCAGCGCAGACCAAGAGAACCAGGAGGCCAUGGAGUAGUGAUUGCCUCUACACGUCUUUACUCUCUCUCUGUCUCCGUCUCCCUCUGUCCAUCCAUUCCCCCACCAAGAUGAUAGAGAAGGAAGACGAGGGCAGACCAACAAAACCAGAAAGUUGCAGAGUGAUCAAUGUGUCCUGUCACUCCCAUCUCCAUCAGUCUCCAUCCUCCCCUGCUGUCGUUCAUCCUCACCAUCACUUCAAACAGAGAAUUGAUGAACCUCGGGGAGGUGGUGAAGGAGGGAUGUUUGUCCUCUUUUCAUCCAUCUCUCCUUCUUUAGCUGACAUCAAUCUCCACCCACCACGUUUCUCUCCCAGAUCUUUUCUCCCAGCACCGCUGUAACAACUGUCCUGCUCAGAGAUUUCACUGUGUAGUCAGGACGAUCAGCGGAAUUUUCUCUUUUCCUGUCAUUUGGUUUGUUUGUUGUCCUUUCGUUCUUGUAUAAAGACACCGUUAGAGAGCUGUCAGUCUAAGUUCAAGUAAAAAACAUUUUUGAUAAA